AUAGCCAAGAGAUAAACAAAACCACAGCUCACUGAGACCUGGCCAUGCACUACCAGAGAGUUAUUCCAACUUCUACAGUUGCCCUGGACUUUUGUACAGAGGGCUGAUGGAAACUCAUCACUCCAGACUGCUGGAGAGUCUGAGUUUUAAAGUCAGCCCAGCCACAGGAGCAAUUUCCUUGAUUCUUUCAGCUGAGAAAAGUUUUUCCAUGUUGUCCUCAAAUGUGAUGAAAACAGAAGCCCCUCUAGUCAGAGACUGAAGUUGUCUAUCAAUCAGGAAAAUACUAUUUACAGGACUUGUCAUGUCUCCCUUUCUUCGUAUUGGUUUAUCCAACUAUGACAGUGGCCCUUACCUGCCAUCCCAGGGAGAGGUGAUUAACCCUUACUGUGCUGUGAUGGUUAAAGAAGCAGUGGAAUCAGAAAAUGGCCAAGUGUAUGUGCAGAAGAAGCCCACCAUGUACCCGCCCUGGAACAGCACUUUCGAUGCCCACAUCAACAACGGCAGAGUCAUGCACAUUGUUGUCAAGGACAAAAGUGCUGAAAUGGUUUCAGAGACCACGGUGGAACUCAAGGUGCUGGCAGAGAGGUGCAAAAAGAGCAAUGGAAAGACAGAAAUAUGGCUAGAACUGAAACCUCAAGGGAGAAUGCUGAUGAAUGCAAGAUACUUCCUGGAAAUAAGUGAUGCUAAGGACAUAGUUGACUGUGAGACUGAAGGCUUUUUCUCCUUGCACCAGCGGAGGGGAGCCAUCAAACAGGCCAAAAUCCAUAACGUCAAGUGUCAUGAGUUCACGGCCACCUUCUUUCCGCAACCCACCUUCUGCUCUGUCUGUCAUGAGUUUGUGUGGGGUCUGAACAAGCAAGGCUAUCAAUGCAGGCAAUGCAAUGCUGCCAUUCAUAAGAAGUGCAUUGAUAAAGUAAUAGCCAAGUGUACAGGAUCAGCAGUCAAUAGCAGAGAAACAAUGUUCCACAAAGAGCGGUUCAAAAUCGACAUGCCUCACCGCUUCAAAGUCUACAACUACAAGAGCCCGACUUUCUGCGAGCACUGUGGCACACUCCUCUGGGGCCUCGCACGGCAAGGGUUAAAGUGUGAUGCAUGCAGCAUGAAUGUCCAUCACAAGUGCCAAACAAAAGUAGCAAACCUUUGUGGAGUUAACCAGAAACUAAUGGCUGAAGCCCUGGCAAUGAUUGAGAGUACUCAACAGGCUCGUUGUCAGCGUGACACUGAACAGAUCUCCAGGGAUGGACCUCUUGAAAUUGGCUUCCCGGUUCUUGUGAAGGAGGUAACGCAGCUUCAGGCAGUGCCAGCAUCUACAACAGGAAAAAAAGAACCACAGGGCAUCUCCUGGGAGACUCCAGUGGAGGGCACAACAAAGGGAGAGUCUCUAAUAGAGCCAGACUCGGGAGGAGAACAGCCUCAGGAGCAGCAAGGGCAGCAAGUGCAGCUAAAAUUAACCAUUGAAGAUUUUGUCCUGCACAAGAUGCUGGGGAAGGGAAGUUUUGGCAAGGUGUUCCUCGCUGAGCUGAAGAACACAGACCAGUACUUCGCUGUGAAAGCCCUGAAGAAGGACGUGGUGCUGAUGGAUGAUGAUGUUGAAUGUACGAUGGUGGAGAAGAGAGUGCUCUCCUUAGCUUGGGAGCACCCAUUCCUGACUCACGUCUUCUGUACGUUCCAGACCAAGGAAAACCUCUUUUUCGUGAUGGAAUACCUCAAUGGAGGAGAUCUCAUGUUCCAUAUCCAGAGCUGUCAUAAGUUUGACCUUCCCAGAGCAACGUUUUAUGCUGCUGAAAUCAUAUGUGGGUUGCAGUUCCUCCAUUCCAAAGGGAUAAUAUACAGAGACUUGAAGCUAGACAACGUCCUCUUGGACAAUGAGGGGCACAUCAAAAUUGCUGACUUUGGGAUGUGUAAGGAGAACAUGUUUGGAGAUGCGAAGACGAGCACUUUCUGUGGGACUCCUGACUAUAUUGCUCCUGAGAUUUUGCUAGGGCAGAAGUACAACUCCUCCGUUGACUGGUGGUCCUUUGGUGUCCUCCUGUAUGAGAUACUUAUUGGCCAAUCUCCUUUCCAUGGCCAAGAUGAAGAGGAGCUUUUCCAGUCUAUCCGCAUGGAUAAUCCGUUCUACCCUCGCUGGCUUGACAAGGAUGCAAAGGACAUUCUGGUGAAGCUUUUUGUGAGAGAACCUGAGAGAAGACUGGGAGCAAGAGGGAACAUCCGCCAACAUGCCUUUUUCAGGGAAAUAAAUUGGGAGGCUUUAGAAGAAAGAAAGAUGGAGCCUCCUUUCAAACCCAGAGUGAAAUCUCCGAGUGACUGUAGCAAUUUUGACAAGGAAUUUCUAAACGAAAAGCCUAGACUGUCCUGUGCUGACAGAGCACUGAUUAACAGCAUGGACCAAAAUAUGUUCAGCAACUUUUCGUUCGUGAACCCUAAAAUGGAGAAGAUAUUUUCCUGAGGUCUGCCUUACCCAGGGCUUUCCUUACUAAAGGAAUUCUCUGUAAGAGUUUGAGUAACACUGUCAGCUGAAGACUAUGCAUGGUUGAUUUUACCAAGGACCCACCAGGAAAGCACAUCUGUGAGAGCUUGUACCACGCCUGGAGGCUUUCGGCUUGUUCCAGUCUAUAGAAGAUGCCAGCCACAGUUCAUUAAUGAUGAAGUCUCUUCAUGAUAUCUUUUGGUCUCUCUUCUCUCUUUUCUGGAUGUUCUUGUAGUUGAGAGCAUUUGAAAAGGAGGAGGUGCCAAAACCUGUCCCCUGCAAAAACUUGUGUGCCAGCCAGUGGGUUUCCCUGUAAGUAAAACCAAAUAUAUUUCAACUUCCAGUGAUGUUGGUGCCCAGUCCCGCAAUUCCCACCUUGCCCCACCUCUUUCUGAAGGAUGAAUGGCAAGCUCAAGGCCUGAAGGCAUCUGGGAAGAUUUUAGAUUGGCUUGGAAACCUUCACUGGCACGUGAGCAGAAUGGUGCAUGUGCACAUAGAAAUUUUGAAGAAGCAGAUUACCUCUCCUCACACUUCGAAAAUAAUCUUCGCAGGUGUUAGGAGUCAGUUUUGCUUCCUAGGAUCCACUGGGACAAAGAGACUGUAGGUGCACGUUCCAGCAGUCAUAUGUCUCAAUCAGAAGCUCUUGAGCUAUGGGCUCAGCCCUGAAGGAGGAUCAUUGCAAUGGCAAGUGUCAAGAUCCAUGGAGAAACCCAAUGUUUUAUGCUAGCAUUCAAGCAGGAAAGAUAGGAAGUUGCAGUCCACAAGAAAGGGUUAAGAACCCCUGUUCUAAAGCUUUAAUUGUUAUCCUCACACAUACCAGGUUUGGAGUAAAAUCUGAACUGAGCUUUCACAGAGUCACAGAAUCGUUUAGGUUGGAAGGGACCUCUGGAGAUCAUCUAGUCCA